AUGUCAGACUCUACCGAUCAAAUGGAUUCGUCCAUCCUCCCAACGUCUCCCGUAUUGGCCGAUAAGAGCGGACGCGCCCCGAAGCCUGCCUCUUUAGUAUGGGGUCAAACGAAGGACCAGGAUUCAGAGACAAGUUUCAUAUCACCCGUGAGCUCCUCCGAAGCCUUGCGACCAAAUGAAUCGCGAUACACGAGGCAGCCUUCCUCGCCCGAGAGCUCAGCACAUCUGCCGCCCCGGAUACACUCCCCCGCCUCUCAGAUCUUUGAACGAGACGUACAAGAGGACAUAGUGCCGGCUCAGGCAUCGCCUGCCAUACCCGCUCAUAUUCGGACGGAGAACUACAUUCCACCCGUCCUGGAAGCAUCAUCGGCCGCCAUCACAGAUGACCGCCUCGAUCCCGACUCCGUUGAGAUCGUCACUCAUACUCUCCAUCAGCCUGCGGGAGCCGCAUCCGCCGAGCAAUCAAUGUCAUCCUCUAUCGAUGCGCAUUUGCUCAAUCAGAUGGACGCAGACGAUCUCUCGUCAAGUUACGGGGCCCUUGAUACAACGGACGUGCGCCGACUGAGUUUCAUCUCAUUUGCGGAUGUUGUAAAUGCCGAACACGCUGAAACAAGUGACGCCCAUCUGGGUGGAAUUUCUCGCGAGCGUUUGGGCGACAUCAACCAUCCCUCGUCCCCGUUGCGCUCACCCACUUCUUCACAUGCGCUCAGCGUCUCGCCCCCUACAAGCAUCGCGCCGUCCUUCAAAGGGCCUGAAAUGUCCCCUACUCGGCUUCCUACAGUUGGUUCUGCCCAAAGUCCCGUUUCUUCCAGUUUCGGGGGGGAUCUUAGUGUAGAGACCAUGCGACAGGCCUUGCGGAAGACUGGUAGUGGAGACCUGGGUGGUCUGACAAGUCAGACUGUUAGUUCCCUUGGGGAUGACCUGCUUGACCGUACGAUUUAG